AUGGUUAUGAAAGCUGCUGUAGAUGAUGAUGAUUCAGGAUGGGAGAUGAAUAUAGCUGAGAAGAUGGAAAAGGGUAACACAAGCUGGAUAGAUAUUACCCAAGAUUUUGAAGAUUGCUGUAAAGAAUUGAAGUUAGGAGAGUUGCUUCAUGACAAACUUUUUGGUCUGUUUGAAGCCAUGUCUGCUAUUGAAAUGAUGGAUCCUAAGAUGGAUGCUGGUAUGAUUGGAAAUCAAGUUAAUCGUAAAGUUCUUAACUUCGAACAAGCUAUCAAGGAUGGGACCAUUAAAGUUAAAGACUUGUCCUUGCCUGAAUUGAUAGGAAUAAUGGACACUUGCUUUUGCUGCUUGAUAACAUGGCUAGAAGGCCAUUCCUUGGCACAGACAGUAUUCACCUGCCUCUACAUUCAUAACCCUGACUUUAUCGAGGAUCCUGCUAUGAAGGCAUUUGCACUGGGUAUCCUGAAAAUUUGCGACAUUGCUAGAGAAAAAGUAAACAAGGCCGCAGUAUUUGAAGAGGAAGAUUUUCAGUCUAUGACAUAUGGAUUUAAAAUGGCAAACAGUGUGACAGAUCUCCGAGUUACAGGUAUGCUAAAGGAUGUUGAAGAUGAUCUGCAACGGCGAGUUAAGAGCACUCGAAGCCGACAAGGAGAAGAGAGAGAUCCAGAAGUAGAACUUGAACAUCAGCAGUGCUUUGCAGUAUUCAGCAGAGUGAAGUUUACUCGGAUAUUACUGACUGUAUUAAUAGCCUUUACCAAGAAAGAGACUAGUGCAGUUGCAGAAGCUCAGAAGUUGCUGACUCAGGCUGUUGAUUUGCUGUCUGCGAUUCACAAUUUAAUACAUCAUGGUAUUCAGGCUCAGAAUGAUACAACCAAAGGAGAUCAUCCUAUAAUGAUGGGUUUUGAGCCACUAGUUAAUCAGAGAUUGCUCCCUCCAACUUUUCCUCGAUAUGCAAAAAUUAUUAAAAGAGAAGAAAUGGUUAACUAUUUUUCAAAACUUAUAGAACGAAUCAAAACUGUAUGUGAAGUCAUCAAUUUAACCAAUUUGCAUUGCAUACUAGAUUUUUUCUGUGAGUUUAGUGAACAAUCACCCUGUGUUCUUUCAAGAUCACUGUUACAGACCACUUUUCUUGUGGACAAUAAAAAAGUGUUUGGUACUCAUCUUAUGCAAGACAUGGUAAAAGAUGCCCUAAGAUCUUUUGUCAGUCCACCAGUACUUUCAUCAAAGUGUUGUCUUUAUAAUAAUCACCAGGCUAAGGACUAUAUUGACUCCUUUGUCACACACUGUGUCCGACCAUUUUGCAGUUUGAUUCAAAUUCAUGGGCAUAACAGAGCUCGACAGAGAGAUAAACUUGGCCAUAUUCUUGAAGAAUUUGCUACUUUGCAAGAUGAGGCAGAGAAAGUGGAUGCAGCUCUUCACAGUAUGCUCUUGAAACAAGAACCUCAAAGGCAGCAUUUGGCAUGCUUGGGAACCUGGGUCCUAUACCAUAAUCUUCGCAUUAUGAUACAGUAUCUUCUCAGUGGGUUUGAACUGGAGCUAUACAGCAUGCAUGAAUAUUACUACAUAUAUUGGUACCUUUCUGAAUUUUUGUAUGCAUGGCUAAUGUCAACACUCAGUCGUGCUGAUAGUUCUCAGAUGGCCGAAGAAAGAAUAAUGGAAGAACAACAAAAAGGCCGGAGUAAUAAAAAAACUAAGAAAAAGAAAAAAGCUCGUCCUCUGAGCAGAGAGAUUACCAUGAGCCAAGCCUAUCAAAAUAUGUGUGCUGGAAUGUACAAGACUAUGAUUGCUUUUGACAUGGAUGGUAAAGUGAGGAAACCAAAAUUUGAACUUGAUAGUGAACAAGUUCGAUAUGAACAUCGGUUUGCCCCAUUCAACAGUGUCAUCACACCACCACCUGUGCAUUAUUUGCAAUUCAAGGAAAUGUCUGAUCUAAACAAAUACACUCCUCCACCUCAGUCUUCUGAUCUCUACAUGGCUGCUAGCAAACACUUCCAGCAAGCUAAAAUGAUACUGGAGAAUAUAUCUAACCCAGAUCAUGAGGUCAAUCGAAUUCUCAAAGUUUCCAAGCCCAAUAUUGUGGUUAUGAAAUUACUGGCAGGAGGUCACAAAAAGGAUUCUAAAGUUCCUCCGGAAUUUGAUUUUUCUCCUCAUAGAUACUUCCCAAUAGUGAAACUUGUUUAGGAGAACAGGUAAAUUAUAAUUUGCUCGGAGAAUCUCCUUUGUGCUGUGCUGAAAAAGGACAGAAAACUCUUGGUCAAAAGUACUCAUAUCAGGAGCAAUUUCAUUCAAUCCUCCUAAACAGCUGGAAUAACUGCUGUUUUAAAAUGGUUUGUGUGAAGUUCUUCUGCUGGAGCUAAUUUGAUAACUACAUUGUUGAAACUGUUAUGUUUUUAUUUUAUUGUAGAUUUAUCUAUAAAUCAUUUUUAUGAAUGGUGUUGGAACAUUUCAUAACGUGCUUGACCACUCUGAAAAUACAAUGCAAUAAAAGAAACGGUUUUGUUUUGAUAUA